AUGGCUAGUCCAAUGAAGAGAUCCAUCGUACAAGUUCUUGUACGGCAACCAGCUGGUUCCGGCAUCAAAAGAAAAUCCUCCUUAGAAACAUGGAAUCUAUCUGAAGCUGAAAAAUCAACUUCUAUAAUGCUACUUACAAGGAAAAACUACAAAGAUGAGCAACUAAUUUUGGCUUUUAUUUUCGCUGCUCCGAUUACUGUCGAUUCAAUGGAACUACUCAUAUGUUGUUUAAUCUUUGAAGAGUUUGAAUACGAUCAUGGCAUCGUCAUACAUAUUCCUCUCCAUUCAUGUGCAGCGGUUAUUGUCAUAAUUAGAAUAUCUUUGAGCAUCGGCGCUUGUUCUAGGCGAUCAACCCUCAAAAGUGGCACCAAUCCGGUUGCCCCCACGUUCUCUAUAAUUGUGGUCGAUAAGAUUCUCGAUGACAUAGAGAAGCCCAUACGGUUCUCUUCUCAACAGCUAAGAAUGGCCACCAGUAAUUUCUCGCAUUUACUGGGUGCAGGCAGUUUCGGGGCAGUUUAUAAAGGGACGUUCACGAACGGGCUGUUAGUGGCCGUCAAAGUACUAAACGGCAGCUCGGACAAGAAGAUUGAAGAUCAGUUCUUGGCCAAAGUGACCACCAUUGGUAGAACACACCAUAUGAAUCUAGUUCAGCUAUAUGGAUUUUGCUUCGACAGGAGCUUGAGAGCCCUUGUAUACGAAUUUAUGCACAAUAGUUCUUUGGAGCGACUACUGUUCUGUGCAGGUAAAGAUAUAGAGUGGGAGGCUCUGUACAAUAUCGCGAUCGGAACUGCCAAAGGGAUCACCUAUCUACAUGAGGAGUGUCAUCAGAUAAUAAUCCAUUACGACAUAAAGCCAGAGAACAUCCUCCUCGACCCGAAUUAUUGCCCGAAGGUAGCAGAUUUCGGGCUAGCUAAGCUCUGUAACCGGGAAAAGACACACGUGACGAUGAGUGGAGGGAGAGGGACCCCAGGAUAUGCCGCGCCGGAAAUGUGGAUGUCGUUCCCAGUCACCCAGAAGUGCGAUGUGUACAGUUUCAGUAUGCUCCUGUUCGAGAUCCUUGGGCGCAGGAGGAACCUUGACGUGAAUCUGCCCGACAGCCAGGAAUGGUUUCCGAGAUGGGUGUGGAAGAAGCACAAGAUGAAGAGUUUCUCAGAUGUGAUGAUCGCAUGCGGGAUCCAAAAGAAUUGCAGAGAGAAGGCCGAACGGAUGGCGAUGGUCGCUCUGUGGUGCGUUCAGUACAAACCGGAGUCGAGGCCGAGGAUGGGCGUUGCCCUGAAGAUGCUGGAAGGUGGCAUAGAAAUCCCAAUGCCCCCAAACCCGUUUCGCCACCUAAUGGAUUCUCCACCGCCGGACGUUCUAGCAGAAGUGGAAGGAAAAGCAUGCAGCUUCCCACCACCGGCCAUCAGAAUGCUGGCCGAAUCUUCUAAUCCUGGCAUGGCUCCUACAGUUUGA